AUGGAAGCCAAGACAGCGCCGCCACAGAGGGUGCAGAGCAUAGCGGAAGCGGGUCUGAAGCAGCUGCCCAGGGAAUACAUUCAGCCACCGGAGGCUCGCCCGGCGGGGCGGCGGAUGAACGAGUCCCUGCCGGCGCCCGGGGAGGGGGUUCCCGUGGUGGAUCUGUUCCUGUUCGAUCCGGCGAGCUUCGAGGAUGUGAGGAGGGAGAUUCAGAGGGCGUGUGGGGAGUGGGGCGCCUUCCAGAUCGUGAAUCAUGGAAUCCCUCGCGAUCUGCUCGAGCGGAUGAUCGCCGCGGGGCGGCGCUUCUUCGAUCUUCCCCAAGAUGAGAAGCGGGCGUACUCCUGCGAUUCCAGAUCGCCGGCCUCGGAGGGCUACGGGAGUCGGAUGCUCUCCAAGGACGACAGCGUGCUCGAUUGGCGGGACUACUUCGACCACCACACCCUCCCUCUGUCACGGCGGAACCCUAGCCGGUGGCCAGACUUGGGGGAUUACAGGUUAGGUUAUCGUCGAUCUUCCAUCCAUCCAUCGAUUCUGCAGAUUUAGGGCUUACCUGCUCGUACGUUUGGCGCUGCCGAUUCUUUCCCCUUUCUGUCGAUCAUCGAUGAUGGAAUGAAGAAGGCUGUGCUGUUCUGUUCUGUUCUUCCUGGUGGAUUGAAUUUUCUUCCUGCUCGUUGUUCUUGAUCGUGAUGGCAUUCGGCCGGGGAACGGAUUUUUGUGUCUCGGAAAAAUGUCGCAGGGAAGUGGUGGCGGAGUACAGCGACGCCAUGAGGGAGCUCGCGCAGAAGCUCCUGCGGAUGGCCUCUGAGAGCCUGAGCUUGGCUCCUUCCUUCAUCGAGGAGGCGAUCGGAGAGGUCUACCAGAACAUUACAGUCAGCUUCUACCCUCCGUGCCCUCAACCGGAGCUCGCCCUCGGCCUUCAAUCUCACUCCGACAUGGGAGCCAUCACGCUCCUGAUCCAGGACGACGUUGGCGGCCUUGAGGUUCUCAAGGACGGGCUUUGGAUCCCCAUUGUUCCUCUUCCCGGCGCCGUCAUCGUCAUCCUGGCUGACCAAACAGAGGUUGGCUUUCCCUUCAUCACCAUUGAUGCAUUCAAUCCUCUGAGAUCUCGCCGGCGAUGGGAUGCUUUUCUCUCUGACUGCCGUGGGAUAUUCUCCUUCUUCGCAGAUUAUAACGAACGGCGAGUACAGGAGCUCCGUCCAUCGCGCGGUGGUCAACCCGGACCGACCGCGGCUCUCCGUCGCCGCCUUCUACGAUCCUUCCAAGAGCGUGGAGAUAUUGCCGGCGGCGCCGCUCGUCGCCGGCGGCGGCGGCUCUCCGGCGCGGUACCGCGGCGUCGUGUAUGGAGAUUACGUCUCCUCGUGGUACCGGAAGGGCCCCGACGGCAAACGGAACAUCGAUGCCCUGUUGAUUGACAACCAGAGGAGUUGA